AACAAAGUUUGUCACUUGAUGAUGGGAAGCUGCGACGGCCUGUCCUCCUCUCCGUACAGAUGUGGGUAUAUCAGCUGGUGUUUGGAUUCUGCAGAGUCACAGCAACCUCCAACCGGACGUCCAGCAGGCUCAGAACGAACAGAGGCCUUUUCUAAACAGAGCCAGGACACAACCAAGUCAGGCUCCAUCCCAUCUCUGCCUUGGUCACCACAAGAAACUAGCGGAGAAGAAACAAACGCAUCAUUUGACCUUCCAUACCCACAGAAACAACUCACAAGGAGGAACUGCACCAAAGUCUCUAAAACGUCCAGACACAAGCCUAGGAACAGCGAGAAACCCAUUGUUUGCUGUAAUGAAAACGAUGACGACAGCAAGCUCACAGACCAUGACAGGAACUCAAAGGUUUCACAACCUGCUGCUCUAAACAAGGAGGAGCCUCCUCAUUCCAAGGAUGAGGCCUGUCUCCUACCCAGGAGUAGUCCAGUCAUCUCCAGACGCAGCAAGCCCAUCUCCUGGCAAGAAAAGGAAACCAGUCCAUCUAAUUCAUUAAGCAUGUACUCGUCCUCUCCUUCCUCCGCUUCAUCAUCGUUUGAUCAGCAUGAGUGUCUGACAUGCUUUAAGGAGGAAGUGGAGCCCCUGGCCAUCUUCGUUCAGCAAGCAUCCAAAGCCAUCCAGGACCGAACCAACAGAACUCCUCAGCAAUCUGAGAGGGAGCACAGAGGGUGGAGCCUAAACAGCUGCAGCACACCUAACAGGACAGGCCACUCCUCCUCAACACCUCACAGCAAGGAUAGAAGUUGCUCGGACAUCCUGGAUUUCCCUGCAGACAUCUUUAAGACCAGCUGUGAGCUUGAAAAGGAGAAUGCUCAUUUUGUUGUGGUGGAUAUGAUUCUGGAGGUUCUGGAAGGUGUCAAGUGGAAGUUGAGCUUUGACUCCCUAAUGGACAAACACUGCACCUUGUGCAAAAAGAGACAGAUGGGCUCUGGACAGCACAGCCCGGUGCACAGACGGACCGGACAAACACCCAAACCCAGACAGGGUUGCAAUGAAUGUGGUCCCCAACUUCCCACCUGCAAGCGCAGACUUUUACAGGACGACACAAGGCCGUCGCAGAUGGACACGCAUUGUGCAGAUUCAAAGGAUCACAUGUGGGGUAUAAAUGCAGAGGAACCAGAAAGAUAUGAUGGCAAACAUCAACAGAGUCAAUCAAUCCUUUCCACUGACAGCGGGUUUGAAGACUGUGGAGUCGGCACAGUGUUGCUGCCAAAAGAUUUGGUCAUAAAUGCAGAAUGGCUGGCCCAGCAGCUGGUGGUGGACUUCAAAAAGAAGUGGCUUCCUUCCAAUGUGCCUCAUCGAGGAAGGCUAAGCCUCCGUAGCUCAUUGCAAGAGCUGCCAGGUACUGGAGGUGUGGAGGUAAAGUACGGGAGCCUAACAGAGGAGAUCCGCCUGAGGACCAGGAUGAGAGGAUCCUUGAACUGGGCACCACCAAGCUUCCAGAUCAUUUUUUCUGUCCAGCCACCACACAGGCGGAGUGAAGUGGUGGCCUUACAACACUACCUGUGUGCAGGCUGUGGAACGGAAGUGGAGCCCAGAUACAUCAAGAAACUGCGCUACUGUGAAUAUCUGGGAAGAUAUUUCUGUGACUGCUGCCACAGUGGGUCAGAGGCAGUAAUUCCUGGUCGAGUUCUGUCCAGCUGGGACUUUGGCAGGUACUCUGUGAGCGAUUUCUCCAAGCAGCUGCUGGACUCAGUAUGGUGUCAGCCUCUGUUUGACCUUACCUCUGUGGGAAAGACGCUGUACAGCAAAGUUAAAGAGCUGGACAGGUUCAGGGAGCUGAGGGAGCAGCUGAUUAGCAUCAAAAAGCUUUUGAAAGCCUGCAGAUUAUCUGAAAGGAUAUUGGCUGAAUUUGAGGAACUUCCUGCUCACCUGAUGGAGGAGCCUCUCCUCUUCUCCAUGGAAGACCUCCAGAGAGUGAAGAAGGGUCAGCUGGUGGUGCAGGCCCGUGCGGUGCUGAACUCUGCUAUCGAACACAUUAAACACUGUGAGCUGUGUAUGGGGCGAGGUUUUAUCUGUGAGUUUUGUCGAGUAAAGGACAUCAUCUUUCCAUUUCAGAGAGACAUAUGCAAGCGAUGUACAGUGUGCAAGGCCUGCUUUCACAUAGAAUGUUUUGUGGGGAAAAGGUGUCCAAAAUGCACUAGGAUCCAGUCCCGGACAAAAAUCCAGAUGAAUUUGUGAAGUGUGAUCUGAACUGGGGUCUGCUGCUUGGAACUACUACACCUCUCUAGAAUAUUAGCCUAAAGUCCCUUUCACAAUUACAACCUUACCCAGUAAUUUACUGGGUCAGGGUUAUGUGUGAAUAAAGCCAGAACUUAUUUACUGGGUAAAAUUGACCGGGUCAACACCUAUAAUAUCAUUCCUGGUAAUUCACUGGGGCCGCUCUAGUGUGAAUAAAGCUGUUAGAUUCCUGGGUAAGGCACACAUUUGCGUAAUUACAUAAGACGUUCAUAGUCUUUGUUUAGCUCUUCCCCUGAUGUCUGCAAGUUGCUUCUCUGAUUGAGAAAUGUACUGAAAUUGUAUUUCUUCUGAAAGUUUCAUUAAGCUACGAACCACUAUAAGAACCAUCAGAUCCGAAGCCAUUGUUUGCUGUGGAUAAUCAUCUGUUUGACAGCUGUAGUUUCCAGCUGAAAUUCUUCUUUAGAGGUUGGCGUGAUCAGUUAAAGCUAUAUCCCUUGCCUUACUACCAUCUGUUGUUGGUUUUAGGUACAUCCACUCCCACUUUGCCAGGUUAAGCGUAAAAAGGGCUGACCUGGUAAUUUACUGGAACUAAUUUGCAUGCAUGAAAGGCGCUAAUUCUUGUUCGACCCAGGAAUGUAGUCUGGGAUUUACAUGUGAAUGGGGCUACAGCACUACUACUUUUACUGGUGCUUCACCAGAAAAGACUUUUGUAGUUAUAAAUAUUUUUCCUUUAAAAUAGUUAUUUUUAUUUAUUUUAGCUAAAACUGAUGAGUUCCUUUUUCUAACUAAUUGUCAUAUGUUUUUAAUCAAUAAUAAAAAUCAAAACAAUCUUGUGUCAUUUAUUCUUUUAUUAAAUGUGUGCAUUUUGUGUCACUGAAAGAAGUUAGGAAUUGUAACAGCUAAUACACAGCUUUGA